AUGGAUUUAAAAAGUGGAGGUGAAGCCCAUUUUCUGCAAAUCCACGAGCUCGAGGAACUAAGAAGCCAUGCAUAUGAAAGUUCUAGCAGGUACAAAGAACGAGUCAAGAGGCUUCAUGACAAAAGAUUGAGAGAACAUAAAGAUUUCCGCGUUGGGGAUCUUGUUUUAUUGUACUCCUCGCGACUGCGUUUAUUCCCUGGGAAAUUAAGAUCUCGAUGGACGGGUCCUUAUACGAUCAAAGAAGUAUUUCCAUACGGAGCCGUCAUCAUCAAAAAUUUAAGUGGGGAAACAUUUAAAGUCAACGGUCAUCGUUUGAAACGUUACAUCAACGGACCGGUUGACCCGGUGGAGGAAAUUCUCGAACUCCACGUCCCGUACACUUAA